UGUUUCAUUGUUUUUGCACGCAUCAUUCGCCAAACGUAUGAAUAAACGGUGAUAGAUAGAAAUGGAAAAAAACUUGUUUGAAUUAUGUUUGGUGUGUGUUGUAGUUUGUUUGCAUGCCUAUGUUUAUCUCUAAGCGAUAUGUUGACGAGGCACCGUAUCGAUGCGGUGCGUGUAAAAGUUUAAAGUGGGAUUAUUGUGGCGCAUAUUUAGGUUUAUUCGUAUCGCUCUUCAAAUUCAUUAUUUGUUUACGCUUCACCAAUCGCCAAUCACCAUUAUCAAUAUCAAUAACUAUGAAGCCAGUUAACCCACAUAAUAAUAGCACAGUUUCGAUCGAAAACUCCAGAGAAAUAGAUGCGAGUGAGUGCAACGAAAUGGAUGAUGCAAGUCAAUUUUCAUACGAUCUAGUGCAAGAUAUUGCCAAUUACUUGUUGAACAGUACAGCACAUCGUCCAAAGGUUGGCAUUAUUUGUGGUUCUGGGUUCGGACGUUUGGCCGAAAGUAUAGAGAAUGCGAUUAAAAUUCCGUACAAAAGUAUUCCACACUUCCCAGUGUCAACCGUGCCAGGUCACUUGGGUCAAAUGAUAUUUGGCACACUGAACAAUGUGCCGGUGAUGUGUAUGCAAGGGCGUUUUCAUUACUUCGAAGGGUAUUCACUGGCCAAGUGCUGUAUGCCGAUUCGUGUGAUGAAAUUGGUCGGUGUCACGCAUUUGAUCGUAACAAAUGCGUCGGGCGCUUUGAAUGACCGUUACAAUGUCGGCGAUAUUGUUAUUUUAAAAGAUCACAUCAAUCUAAUGGGCUUCAUUGGUCACAAUCCCUUGAGGGGCACCAACGAUCCCCGGUUCGGACCACGAUUUCCAUGCAUCAGCAAACCAUACGAUGACCGAAUGAGAAUGCAAGCCAUUGAUAUUAUGCGGGAAUUGGGCAUCGACAGUGAAGUUCAUGAAGGCGUUUACACGUGUCUAGGAGGACCGAAUUAUGAAACCAUCGCCGAAGUGAAAUUAUUGAAAAGUUUUGGCAUUGAUUGCGUUGGCAUGUCAACGGUACAUGAGGUCAUCACGGCGAAUCAUUGCGGUAUAAAAGUGUUUGCAUUUAGCAUUAUCACGAACAAAUGCAUUGCGGAAUAUGAGAGCGAAGAGACGGUUGAUCAUGACAGCGUCAUUGAGGCGGCCAAUAAUCAACAGAAUUUCUUAGCCGAAUUGGUGCAUCGACUCGUGGCUCAAAUUGAUUCUAACUGACGGAAUAUCGAAGAAUACAUUAAUAAUAACCAUUUGUAGUGAAAAUUUGUGUAGUGAAAACAUUUUCAAAUCGAAUGUGUAGACCAACCUUAUCUUUCCAUUCAAUUUUUGAAUGAACCCAUAUGAAACCUCAACGCUAUGCGCGUCAAAUCGACGUUAUUCGACGCUAUUCCAUGUGUAUAUAGAAUUGUACAUUAUGUUUUACAGUGCUGUGCAAGCAUGCGGCCUUAUACACAGUAACACACGAACUCCGUUUAUGUGCGCGCGUUGCCUGUUAUGUUUUGUGUAUUGAAUUGCGACUCAAUCACAGUAGACGGCGCAGGCACUGUAAAACAUAAUGUACAAUUUAAUAUAUACACAUAGAAUAGCGUCGAAUAACGUCGAUUUGACGCGCAUAGCGUUAAGGUUUCAUAUGGGAACUAUUGAAACAUUUUGAUAGACGAUAUUUGAUGAAUGAAAGAAAUGUAACAUUUUCAAAAUGAAUAAACGCCAAUGUGGAUCAAA